AUGUAGAGAGAUGGGAACCCAUUUUUCUAAACGAGUUGGAGGAGGAGGAGGAGGGCAUCACAAUGGAGUUUUAUCGGGACACGAAAUUAUGGCAUAUGCCUUUUUAUCAGGAACUCAGUGUCGACCACAGCGGAAACUUACCAUAAAGCUUGAACCCAGUGUUAGACAUGACAAUAAAUCAGUUCAUGUACCCUCACUUUCCCGUUCUCCCUCACCACUGAGCUACAGAAGGAAUCAAGGGGUUUCGAGAUACCAAGAAAAGUAUAAUACAGAAAAUAUUUCUGAAGAAGAGAGUUCUAGCAGUUCAGACUGCUCUGGGAAAACAGAAACUGAUGGGCCGUCCAGUAACAUUGAAAUAGAUUUCAGUAUAGAGGCGGAAAGUGAACUUGAAUCUGAUAGUGGAAUAUCAAUCAACCUCAGCCAUUUCGAUACAGAUCUUGCCUCUCAGGCCCGCCGCGGCGAGGAUCGAGCUUUCCCAGUUUUACAUAUACCCCCUCCUCCUCCAGUCACACCUCCUCCUACAGAUUUACAAACAGCUCUCAGGGUACAUUUCCAAGAUGAGUUCUGUGAGUGGUAUGAACCUGGAGGGAAGAAGACAAGAGGACACAACAGAAGAAAGAGUAGUACAAGAAGCCUGCACCAAAAGCUUGUAGUUUCUAAAAAUAAUAUUAGAAAAGCUACAAAGUUAGAUAUGGAUGACAGGGCUAAAAUGCUUCAAUAUUUUACUAGAACCAACGAAGAACAUGGAGCUAUACAGAUUGAGGAACUUUUCCAGAAUAGCUGGAGAAUACCUAUGUAUGGACAGAGGUUACCGACAGUUAUCACAGUUCAGGCUCCAGCUGGGAUAGGAAAAAGUUCAAUGCUCAAAUACAUGUGUCUCAAAUGGAGCAAUCGGGAACUAUGGCUUGAAAAUUUUGAUUUUCUCAUCUUUAUUGAAUGCAGAACCUUGAACCAUAUUGGAAGCAUGUCAAGCAAAGAGUUUAUUUGUAAACUUCUUCACGAGUCAGCAAAAAAAGCAGAUCCAUCUAUAGACGUUUUCAGUGAAAUUCUUCAUUUUGCUGGAGUUGGUCGUCUUCUUUUUUUACUUGACGGCCUAGAUGAGAUUACAGAUGUGGCAAACUUGACAAAUCUGAAUCCAAAAUACACAGUUGACGAAGUUCUCACACCUAUUGAGCUAACACAAUCAAUUCUCUGUGGAAGGUUGGCCCCAGGUGCCCAUGUCAUUGUAACUUCGAGACCUCACACGCUAACCUAUCUACAGUCUAGCCGUUGGUUUAAUACGCUCAAUAAGAAGAUGUUAGCUCUAGAUAUUCAAGGACUUUCAGAAGAGGGAGUUUGUGCAUUUAUUCACAGCUUUGUCGAGAAUAAGAUUUCAACAGACGAUUUUGAGAUACCUUGUACCGAGCUCUGUCCCUGCAGAAGUCUACAGCAGCGAGCACUGUCUGAUAGAUAUAUAUUCUCGCUUGCCAGUAAUCCAUUCUAUCUGUGGCUUCUUUGUACAAUUUUCUACGAAGCAGGUGAGGGUUAUGUGCCCCGUACACUAACUCAGCUCUACACAUGGGUUAUUCUUGUAUUCUCAAACCAAUGGCAUGGAAAGGGAGAGAUGAAAUUAGAUAUUGAAACAACAGAAUUUCUAAAGGGGUUCUCUAAGCUCUGUUACAACCUGGUUCAGUUUGGAACUAUUAAGAUGUCUGCAUAUCUGGGAUCUGGUGGAGACACAAUUCAUUUUCCUGCUUUAGAUAUUACCUUGGAUAGAUCUAGGGCGCAAACUUACGGUAUGAUGGUUGUAUCUAAAGACCAGGAGGAAGUUGAAUGUGAAUUUAGACAUCUAUCUCUAGCAGAAUAUCUUUCUGCUAUUCAUAUUCAUACUACAGGGGAACCACUGCGAGGGUUUGCUAAAGAUAGAAAAGAAUUGAUUUUGCAAUAUCUUUCUGGACUCGCUUCAUCAGCAGUUUCCAACGACCAGAAGGUUGUGGAACACUUUUUAGCGGCCCUCGGUGCACCAAGUUGUCGACGUGACCCCCUGUUCUAUCUAUCUAUCAUCCAGAAGAUGAGAGGAGAAUGGUAUAACCAGGAAGGAUUACAGAAACAAAUGCUGUUUAUGAGAUGUGUUUACGAAAGUCAGGUUGAUCAUCUGACAUUGUUUCCGUUUCCUGGACUCAAGAUUAUAAACAUACGAGGAAACGCUCUGCUAACCCUGGAUCUAAUAAUCAUCAAUCAUUUUAUUAUUAGACUUCAGUCUGAUAAUAAUCUUCUAGAACUUUCUCUCAGAGACCAACUGCUUGAACCUAGUGGACUGCGUGCUAUUCUGCCCUGCUUUCAUCUCGUUCGAACAAUUCGUCUGAAUGGGUCUCGCUUUGAUAAUUUUUGUGUCAAGAAACUUAUUGAUAUUGCGACAGAGGUUCGUGGAAAUCUGAGAGAAUUGUAUGUUCAUGAAAUGAGCAAAAAGAUUGACGAAGACGCAGUUGAACAAUUGAAGACAACUUGUAAAUCCAGAGGAAUUAAAACUAAUGUAUAAUCUUACAUUGUGAUUUUUUUCACUGACAUUUUUAUGUUGGUUAAGUUCAAAAUAUUUAAUUAAUUAAUUUCUAGAAUUUUAUCCUUCUUUUAUCAUUUUAAUUUUGAAGAUGUAGAUGCAUGGCAGUAUUUUAAAAUGCUGCAAUGAAAAAACACAAAAUAUUUUUUUAAUAGCUACUGGAAUUACUGAUUUUUCAAUUUACAAAAAUGCCAGUAAAUAAUAUCACACAAUACUUGGGUGCCAAUUUUUCUACAUUUUGAUAGAUGAAUUAUUCUACACAUGUAUCACAUGCUCAUUUAUUAAUAAAUAUAUAGCUUGCUUCUAAUCUCUCACUGUACAAAAUUAAAAAUAAAUGUUUUUUAGUAAAUUA